AAAAAGGGGAAACAUGGAGGGAAAAUUUUCUAUGUUCAUUGCAAAAAAGCCCAGCCCAAUACCUUACAACAAUACGCCCGGUCCGGUUCUACAAUUACCGGCAUCUUCCUUCUUCCAUCCAUGACAACCUGAUCAAUUUUAAGCUUUGCUGAAACAGGUUAUGUUGAAUAUGAGAAGAAGAGAUUCCCUCUAAUGUUGCCAGAAUUUCUAUCUUGAAUCAAAGAAUGGCAUCCUUAGCUCUACCUUCAUUUACAUCUUCCAUUAGUGUCCCUGGGAUUAGGCCCAAAAGCCUUAAACUCUUUAAACCCUCAAAUGUCUUUCAUGUACUCACUUCCCCUGGUUUUUCCCUGAAAGAUUCCCCUGUUUGCUGCACAAAAUUGUCUCUUGGGGAGACUUCACCUGCCACAUAUGCACCCAGUGGCAGUGCUGGUGAUUACCUCUUGAAGAAAACCUCCGACAUCUUUGAAACCCUUAAUUCUGACACCAUAGCUGAAACGCCAGAAAUCAGCUCUGAAAAGACAGCUGGCACAAAAGAUCUGGCAGUUCUGGGGCUUCAGUUACUCAAAUGGCCAAUGUGGCUUUUGGGUCCUUCUAUUCUUCUCAUUACAGGCAUGAUUCCGACCUUGUGGCUACCAAUAUCUUCCAUAUUCCUUGGCCCCAACAUAGCAAGCCUGCUUUCCUUGAUUGGACUUGAUUGCAUAUUCAAUCUUGGUGCAACCCUUUUCCUCCUCAUGGCUGAUUCUUGUGCCCGACCAGAAGUCUCAAAGCAAACUUGCAACAGCAAGGCUCCAUUCAGUUACCAGUUCUGGAAUAUAUUUGCAACUGUAACUGGAUUCAUCAUCCCAUUAGUGAUGAUGCUUGGCUCACAAAAGGGCUUCCUCCAACCCCUGUCUUCCAUCUCAUUUGCGGUUUUAUUGGGUCCCUAUCUUCUACUGCUGUCGGUACAGGUUCUGACUGAGAUGCUGACAUGGCAUUGGCAAUCACCAGUUUGGCUGGUGACCCCAGUGGUGUAUGAGUCAUACCGUCUGUUGCAGCUGAUGAGGGGUUUGAAGCUUGGAACUGAGCUCAGUGCACCAACAUGGAUAAUGCACACAAUCAGGGUUCUGGUGUCAUGGUGGGUGCUUAUUCUUGGUAUGCAGCUGAUGAGGGUAGCUUGGUUUGCUGGCUUCACUGCUCGGCGGCAUCAACAACACCUAUCUUCUGCUGACGAUUAGUAAUAUUCACCAUGAUUGAAGAUUAUCUAAGCAAUCUGGAUUUAGAUGUGCUUUAUUUGGCGUAUAAAUUGUAAAUUGUAUGCGAAGAAAUAUGUGGUUUAAUCACCAAAAUCUUCACCAUGUUCAUAUACGUUUAUACAUAUCUCUAUAGAUAGCACAAGAAUAAUGCACAUGAAGCAUGUUUGAUACGAUGGCAGAUGUUUCAAAAGUUUCUAGUUUAUUAGAAGAAAAAACCCUUGCUUCUACAUAAUUAGAUCAUCGGGCUCUA